GAGAAACGAAGGAGUGAUUUGAGCUGGCUCGACUGGCUUUUAUUAGCCUGUGUGGGUGGUUGCAGUCUGCUGAUGUCACCGAUGGAAGCCAGGCAUAGCUUCAAAGGCCUUCAUUGUUGGAUGUGUAACGUAAGCAAGUCUCCCAGUGCAGGAGGUGGAGGAAACGGUCAAGAAAAGCGGGCUCAUAUGUCUCGUAUAGCCUCUAGGUGCUUCAAACAGUUACUUCCCGCUGAAAGAAAAGUACUAGGAUUGAAUUACUGAAAAAAAAUGGGUGCGGUGCUCUCACUAACGUUCUGAUUCAGCUGUAAAAGUUUUUUGUGAAAACCAGGACGGCAUUUUUUCUGUGGCUUGGUUUUGAAGAGUUCCCGAGUUGAUUUAUUUUUCAACACAAAAAAAGUUGAGCGGGGAGACCGACGCUGCCGAAGGAAGAAGAAAAGUCACUUUGAAUCGAAGUUUAACAAAUGAAAAUGCUGGAGAUUUGCCGUAAACUGGUGGGGUGUAAAUCGCGAAAGACCCUCUCUGCUUCGUCCAGCUGCUAUUUGGAAGAAGCCCUGCACCGUCCAGAGUUUGAAACCCAGGGUCUGAAUGAGGCUGCCCGGUGGAACUCUAAAGAGAACUUGCUCGCUUGCCCCAGUGAAAAUGACCCAAAUCUUUUUGUUGCACUGUACGAUUUUGUCGCCAGUGGGGACAACACACUCAGCAUAACCAAAGGUGAAAAACUUCGGGUUUUGGGCUACAACCACAAUGGAGAAUGGUGCGAGGCUCAGACUAAAAAUGGGCAGGGCUGGGUUCCUAGCAACUAUAUUACACCCGUUAACAGUCUCGAGAAACAUUCCUGGUACCAUGGGCCAGUUUCACGCAAUGCUGCAGAGUACCUACUCAGCAGUGGUAUUAAUGGGAGUUUUCUGGUGCGGGAGAGUGAAAGUAGCCCCGGACAGAGAUCCAUAUCACUUCGUUACGAAGGAAGGGUAUACCACUACAGGAUAAACAGUGCGUCUGAUGGGAAGCUGUAUGUAUCCUCAGAAAGUCGAUUCAAUACUUUGGCAGAACUUGUGCACCACCACUCAACAGUGGCUGAUGGCCUUAUCACAACACUACACUAUCCAGCACCCAAACGCAACAAGCCAACCAUUUACGGUGUCUCCCCAAACUACGACAAGUGGGAGAUAGAAAGAACAGAUAUUACAAUGAAACACAAGUUGGGUGGCGGACAGUAUGGUGAGGUGUACGAGGGAGUCUGGAAGAAAUACAAUCUAACUGUGGCAGUGAAGACACUAAAGGAAGAUACUAUGGAAGUGGAAGAGUUCUUGAAAGAAGCUGCAGUUAUGAAGGAAAUUAAACAUCCCAAUCUGGUUCAGCUGCUGGGUGUAUGUACUCGAGAGCCUCCGUUUUACAUUAUCACUGAGUUUAUGACUCAUGGUAAUCUCCUGGACUACUUGCGGGAUUGCAACAAGGAAGAGGUGAAUGCAGUUGUGCUGCUUUAUAUGGCAACUCAGAUAUCAUCGGCGAUGGAGUAUUUGGAGAAGAAAAAUUUCAUUCACAGGGAUCUUGCUGCCAGAAACUGCCUCGUAGGGGAGAACCACUUGGUUAAAGUGGCUGAUUUUGGGCUCAGCAGGUUGAUGACGGGGGACACUUACACGGCACACGCUGGAGCUAAAUUUCCCAUUAAAUGGACAGCUCCUGAGAGCCUGGCCUACAAUAAAUUUUCAAUCAAAUCGGAUGUGUGGGCGUUUGGUGUUCUUUUGUGGGAGAUUGCGACCUACGGUAUGUCUCCUUACCCCGGGAUUGACCUCUCACAGGUUUACGACCUGUUGGAAAAAGACUACAGGAUGGAGAGGCCAGAAGGCUGUCCUGAGAAAGUGUACGAGUUGAUGCGAGCGUGUUGGAAGUGGAACCCAGGGGACAGGCCAUCGUUUGCAGAUGUACAUCGAGCUUUUGACACGAUGUUCCAAGAAUCCAGCAUAUCUGAAGAGGUAGAAAAAGAACUUGGAAAGAAAGGAGGCAAGAGCUCUGCUAGUCAUAAGCCUCAGGCGCCAGAACUUCCAACCAAAACCCGAACUCUUAGGAGAACAACAGAAAGCAAAGAGGCAAAUGAAGUUCAAGAGAUGCCCCUUUCAACAUUUAAACUUCCAGGUGAAUUUGAUGGACUGGAUCACGAGAUGGCCAUUUCCCCAAUGCUUCCACGGAAGGACAGAGAACCGGAUAGCAACUGCAACGAUGAGGAGCGUUUGCAGUCGUUCACUAAAGAGAAAGGAAAGACCGCUUCCAUCUUUAGUUCUUUCAUCAAGAAAAAGAAAAAGACUGCGCCGACCCCUCCUAAACGCAGCAGCUCCUUUCGGGAUAUGGAUGGACAUUCGGAGAAAAGAGGGGAAACAGCGGAAGACAGCAGUGUAGCUGGUAAAGAUGUGAACAACGGUGCCUUUGUGAACAGUGUGGGGCCUCACAAUGACGCAAUCGAUCCGACCAAGUUUCAGCAGUCGUUUAGCACUGGGGCACAAAGCGCUAACAACGGAGCAGGGGUCACCAACGGGAGCCCGGCAGGACCGACUGGUUUCUUCUCCCCAAAUUCGAAGAAGUCCAGUACUCUAGUUCUGGUAAAGCCUAUUGGGAAUGAUGAGGAGUCCACGACAAAUACAAAACAUUUCAUGAGGUCUUGUUCUGCAUCGUCCAUGCCCCCGGGAAAUAAAGACUCGGAGAGGAAAGCACUGACUCUCCCUCGGGAUCUGCAAUCCGCAGGAAAGCAGUCCGAAUCCGUGGCCUUGGGUUGCGACCGAAACGAGAAGCCAGCCUUGCCCCGAAAGAGGACAAACGAUAACAAGGUGGACGUUCUUCCCAGAGGAAACAUGACCACUCCUCCUCGGCUGCCCAAGAAGAACGAGGAGGUAACUGAUGACACGUUCAACAACUUGGAGUCGAGCCCCAGUUCAAGUCCACCGGCAUCAACGCUGAAACUCGUGCGCAGACAGCCGGCAGGUCACACCCAGAAAGAACUCAAAGAAGAGAAUGCAAAGUCUUGUGCCUUAGUCCCUCCUUUGCACGAUCAGGCCUCCAGCAUCACGUCCCCCACGCUGAAACCAAGCUCCACCUACUUGGGUGGAGUUAAACUGUCGAACGAUGACUUGCGGAUACGAAGGUUCAAGCAGCCUUCUGAUCAGCUCACGUCCGUUCCUGUGAAGGACAGGGGAAAGCUACAGAAGCCCAAGCCCGCGCCCCCUCCUCCGCCAGGCGUGAAAUCGGUGAAACCUCCUCGAAGCCCUACCCACGAGACUGCGGGGGAGACGGGAACGGGCGUCAAGCACAAACAGCCAACUCAGGUCACAGACACUGUGAGUAGUGAUGCCUCGAAACCAAGCCAAUCAGGGGAUGUGAUGAAAAGGCCUCUCCUCCAUUCUGCACCAAAGCCUCAAUCCUCUAUGAAGCCAUCAGCUACAGUGGUCCCGUUAACCACAUCAGCUGCACCUUCACCCACACAACCUGCCUUACCAAACACAAGCGGAGACCAGCAAUCCUUGCCCACAACGCCCUUCAUUCCACUUAUCUCCACCAGAGUUUCCUUGCGCAAGACACGGCAGCAGCCAGAGAAGAUUACCAGCGCCAACAUUACCAAGGACACAGUUUUGGAAAGCACAGAAGCAUUGCGAGCGGCUAUCGGAAAGAAUUCUGAGCAAAUGGCCAGUCACAGCGCAGUACUGGAGGCUGGUAAAAACCUGUAUACGUUCUGUGUGAGCUACGUGGACUCGAUUCAACAGAUGCGCAACAAGUUUGCCUUCAGGGAGGCCAUCAACAAGCUGGAGAACAACCUGCGGGAGCUGCAGAUCUGCUCAGCCAGUCAGGACUUCACCAAACUUCUCUCGUCUGUGAAAGAAAUCAGUGACAUCGUCCAGAGGUAGCAAAGGCUUGGAUAAAACCCCACAAAAGCUGCUUCCAGACUCCACAACCAAUAGAUCAGGAGAAGGACUUGAAUUCUCAGUGCCAGGGGGGUGGCUUGGACCAUGGUGGUCGUAUUGCUCGGUAACCCUGUAAACUCCCGUAUCUACUUCAUUUACCUCCGUCAGGGCUUUAAUGCAUCAACAAAAGGAGCCAACGAGUUAAAUCCAAAUUGCCCACCCUCCAAAAAUGGUUCCACGUGAAUAGGCAGCCAUAAUAUUUAGCGAAAAAUGUGGAGCCCAAAAAGGAUGUUGGUAAUGUCGCGGUCGUGACCUGAAAACCUAUGGUUGGGUUUUGUUCAUACUGUGUUCUAGCUUCCCUGCCUAGUGAACUGCACUAAUUUCCGGAGCUUGUUUGUCCUGGGAGGGUCAGUAAGGAUGUAAUGGUGGUUGUGGCAGCACAGCUUUUAAUGCAAAUAGUUGCCCAGCUCUAUACACACACGCACACACACACACAAACAUUUUUUGCUACUCCAAAGCAAUAGGUUUAUUGAAUUCCUCUGGGGACAAGGGAGAAAAUAACUGCUUCACAGUAGUUGUUGGGGCUUGAGAUAGUUUGGCAUGCCAAUGUAUGGUUGUGACUUUAUAUCCAAGAGACCAAGCUGUAGAUUCACCUCGGCCGUCCUCUUCACUAUAUCUAGUUUUUAUUUGGCCGGAGAUUUUUUUGCUCUCACAAUGCUGAAUAAAUAAUAAAGAGGACCCGCAUACUCUUAACACGAUAAAUGCUGUUAUUAGCACUUUAGCAGAUCCGGUCUCCUUUGGGUGUGAGGCCGCCAAAUGUUUAUACUGUGCUUAAAAUGGUUACGAUUAUGUACCGCUGUGUAACCUGAUCAGUACUAGGAGGCUGCUUUUGGCUAAUUACUGUACCAAGGAUUCAACAUGUGUGCUACUGCAGCUGAUAGCUUCGAUUUGCAGGACCCGAGACCCAAAUGGCUCCACAUUGCAUUGUGAUGGGACUUGCUUGGUGCCCCCCCCUUACCAACCCCGACAGAUCCUCCUUCAUUUAUAAACACUAUGAGCACCCUCUGGUGGCAGAGUCAUUCUGGCACGAGAGGACAGCAGAAAAUCUCUGCCACUUUCUGGCACACAAAGCCUGUUGCAAUUUCUCAUUUCCUCUUUUUUUUCUCUCCCGACUCUCAGUCCAGCACCGUUUUUCACUGGUUUGUGUACGAGAUAUGACUACAGCUGUCCCAAGCGUUUCCACAGCUCCUACCUCAUUCCUGCAGAUGUUCCACGCAAUGUUUAGCGUUGAGAAGGAGAUCGUAAAAGGGGUAAAUCUUUUUUUUCAGGAUAAGAAGCCACGUGGUCCAGUUUAAAACGAUCAGCCCCACCACCUACAGUGGCUUGUGAAAGUAAUGCACAUUUAAAGGCGUGCUAUUAUGUUGGCAGGUUCUUUCUUGCUCAAUGCUAAAUGAUUUCGGCAACCACAGCUUUUGACUCUGGCAAGUUUGAAUCCAUAAUGUGAUUAUCACCUGAGUGCUUUAGUCUAAAAGAUGUAGAAUGGAACGUACACUUUCAAAACUGAUAUUCAAACGAGUUUUGCCAAAUCGAGCCAUAGUUACAGUGUGCUCGCCUCAAUUCUUCUGAAAGGAUUAAUGAUGGACCUGGCUCCUCUCAGUCUCCCUAGUUCUAAACAGAAAAUAUCAGGAGUACGACUGUCUCUAUAGCAAUGCAUUGCCAUAUGUAACAUAUAUGGAAUUGUGCGUCUGUUUUUCUUCAACAUAAUCUUAUCAGGAGAUGAAUGUGAUUCUGGCAAAUGAACUUGAAUUAAAGACUCGGCAAGACCUUUUAAUCCCGAUAGGGAAGGUUAUGUUUCCCGAGCAAGUGAGCAAUAUACAUAUUCAGCAAUACUUAAUACAGCAAUAAUUUAAUAAUUAUAGUGUCAAAAAGAGGAUAUUUUGAUUCCAAUCCACCCCAUAAAGAGUAUUUUUUGUUCUGCCAGAGAAUUGCUGUGUGUUCUAGUUCACUGCAGUGACUGAAGCAGAAGUCCCUUGACGAAAUCUUUGUGUCUCAGUUGAGAGCCCCCACGCCCCCCUUCCCCAACCGAGUUCUAGCAAUGUUCAAUGUGAGCCUUCCAUACACACUGUGCAGUGGUUAUCCCAUUCUUGAUGUUGGCAUUGACUUUGUGGAGGGGAAAGCUCCAUAGUUUAUUGUUCAGUUCAAUAGAAUCAUGGCAAAGUAGCCUUUGGAAGUUGUUAAGACCUAAUCAUUGCACUGCCCUGAGGAGUAGUUGGGUCUCUGCUGGGUGACGUGUUUUAAAUGCACCAUUUAACGUUCUUUGAUACUUCUCAACCUGAAUCUUUAGGUGUUUACAAACCAAAUGUACCGAAACACAAAUGUGAAAUAUUAAGUUUCAAGACGUUUUAGAGCGAGGACUGUUGCAAUUUACUUUUAUUACCAUUGUCCUAAUCUCCCGUCAGACCUACUAAAGGUGGCUAUUACCCAGAGAUGACUUUAGCCAAAUGGAGAUUUUGCAAGUUGAAAAAACAGUUGCAUAAUUGCUUUAAAAUCCAUUGAACCCUUCUUGGCAAAGGUGCUGUUAUGAUGCUGGUUGUUAAGGAGAGAGAUUUUUGCAUUGUGAUUGUGGAAUUGCACUACAGAGAGGUCUCAAGGGGAAAGGCUAAAUUUGGCUGUUUCACAGAUGGGCUGUAUGCAACCUGAUAGAUUUGCUAUUUUAUUUAAUUACAGUUAAUUUUCUGAAAAGACUUGAAAUUGAAUACUCUGUAAAGCUCGUACCAAUCAUUAAGAGCUGUAUUAUUAUGUGACUGUCAUGGUAAUAAACACAAAAGAUUUCGUCUGAAAUGAUCAAAACUGAACCAGUUUGGGUUCCACUACUACAGCUCCAAAUUUCAUGCCUGUGAAAUUUCCAGAUCUGUCCAGUAAAGUGCCCUCAUGCUUUCAAUUUUCUUUCCAAAUACUAUGAUUUAGGAGUUUUAAAGAGAUAUUGGCAAGAGCUGAAAUUCCUGAUAAUUUUCUUUUCUGUAAGAAGUACAGCCAUGGUGCCAUAAGUGUCCUUCCCUACUGUUUGCAAUUGUGUGAGUUGCACAAAGGAUUUUUCUUUUAUUUUAAAUGUUGUGGUAUAUGGCCCGGCAAGUUCCAAAAGCCAUGGCCCGGUCAACAAGGCAUCGAUACUGGAGACUGGUUUCAAAGUCCUGGCUUACUCUGGUUCUAACUUAUUAUUUAUUCCCUUCAUGAAGCAUGGGAUUCUUGAACUAAAUACAUGCUCAACUCCCAAAACUAAUCUCAUAAUAAUCUAUUUAUUUGAACAAGCCUAAUAAACUUUUUCCACAAGACGUUUCGACAAAUGGCCAAAACAUACAGUCACAAAUUUAGUCAAAUAGUUUUGAGAAUCUAUGUUUGCAUCUUCAAUACUGGAUUACGACCGUUUCAUUAAGAGGCCUUUUUAAGGUUAUAAUAUGUGAAAUCCAAAGUGCAGUGAAGUUGCUUUUACAAAAUGUGUACUUGUCAGUAGAUCACGAAGCAGUCUUCAUUACUGUACAAUAAAUGUGAUAUUUUAUCACUUAGCAUACAUCUAUCUAGAAGCUUUCUCAAUGCAAACAGCUUAAUUCUAGCAAACAAAUGCUUUGGCAUGAAUUUGAUUAUUCACUGAUGGUAACUGAACUGGCUUCUUAGCAGAAGCAUUUGCCUACGUACAUUCGAUUCUAUUAAAUCUUAUGCUUUGCUUCGAGACGUCCUUUUACAUGAAAAGUGCUACAUAAAGAUAAGUUGUAAAGAAGAUGGUGUGUUUCAUUCAAGUGAAAGUAACAUCUUGUCAGCUCCAGCUCUUAAGAUCGUUGUGGCUUGUGCACUGAACACCUUUAGAACUCACUAAAUGAAGUUCUGUAAAAAAAAAAAAAAUUGUUUUGUUACCAUAGGGUGGAAAGUUUAGCUCAACUGUGUCCUUUAGUGAGAGAUUACAUUUGUUUUUUAAAAAUCGAAACUGAAAUUUAUUUUUUUUCCCUUCCUGUUGAGAGUGAGCAUAAGGUUAAAUCAGAAUCAGGACUAGUUUAUCAAUGGAACUUUAGGGUUAAACCGCUAUAAUAUAUACUAGUAGUUGGCUCCAUAUUAUUUUUCAAUUAACUUGCGGUGACAAGGCCUCCAGUGUUUAUCUGUGUGUACGAGCGUCAUUCUGACAAAUAACACGGAGCACGUUGACCAAUGCUGUCAGCACAGAAACAUUUCACCUCAUAAAGUACAUUAUAAAAGAAGAGACCUUUGGAGGGGUUACAAGACUGCAAUCUAAUCUGGUGUUCGGUGAGGACUGCUAUGAAGUUUUGCUGUUAUGAUUGACAUUACAUGAACACCUGCAACACAUUACUUUGUAAUUGUGGUGUGUUUCACUGAGUUCUGAAACCAUUGGGUUUCAGAGCGACUCAAUGCCUUUGGGGAAAUGAUCAUUUGACGGAUUUCUUUUUAUUAUUACUUUUUUUCUCCCCCCCCCCCC